AUGAUAAAAGCCUUGCUUAUCGCUGAUGGACGUGAUAUCGAUGACGUCGAUCGCCUGUCAUUCCCGGAGCGCUUGAACCUAGUGCAAAAACAUCCGGUAGUGUUAGCACGACAGUUCACAGUACGUGUUAACGCUCUCAUGCGAUUCUUAAAGAGAAAUAAAGAUUGCUUGGGUGGUCUUAUUGAAGAUUUUUGGUACCGAGUGGAGUUUCAAAACCGCGGUAGCCCACAUCUGCAUAUGUUAGUCUGGUGUAGUAAUGUUCCGAAUUUCACCACUCCAGAAGGAGUUGCUGUAAUUGAAAGGGUGGUUUCAUGUUCAUUAACUCCUAAUGACCUUGUGUUGCGCAAAUUAGUUGAGGAUUUACAGAUUCAUAAACACACUGCGACAUGCAAAAAAAAUCGCCAAACUGAUGGUUGUCGAUUUGAUUUUCCAAAGCCAGCAAGUGUUAACACCGUUUGUCUUGGACCAGAUGAAGCACUUGCUAACAAUGGACGAUUUUGUAUAUUGAAACGAACCUCAAAUGAAACCAUGGUAAACAAUUACAAUGCAGUUCUUUUAAAUCUAUGGAAGGGAAAUAUUGACGUGCAACCGUGUGGUAAUGUCACCACUGUGGCCUACUACGUCGCAAAAUAUGCCAGUAAAUGCGAACCACAUGACACAGGUGAUGUAAUUCGAGAAGCUAUUUCGAAUGCUAAGAGACAAGGUGGUGAUGUUUGGAAACAAUUGUUUUCAAUAUCAAUGACUAUUUUAAAUAAACGCUUGGUGAGUGCGCCCGAAUGCGCUUACAGAUUAUGCCAUUUGCCAUUGAAAAUGUCGUCGCGAAAGACUGUUUUUGUGAAUAGUUGCAGGCCGGAGGAACGUUACAGACUCCUGAGAUUCGAUAGUGAUGAAACCAGUAUUUACAAUAAUAUUUUUGAUCGUUAUGUAUUACGCCCAAACGAGCUGGAGAAUUUAAGCCUUGCGGAAUUUGCCGUCCGUUUUGAAACCGUCUCUAACACGACAUGGUCAGAGGACAAUGGGGAUGCGGAACUGAGAGACGAAGAUAUUACGCCAGAGAGGUAUAUCAGAUUGCAGGACAAUACGAGAUUGCGUGUAAGAAAUAGACCGGCAGUGUUACGUACCCGCUAUUAUACAAUUAAUAGUGACAAAGAAGCAUAUUAUUACAGUUUAUUAGUAUGCCAUAUACCAUUUCGUAAUGAAGGCGAAUUACUUUUCGAAAAUGAAACCGCUGAAGACUGUUUUAUAAGACGAAAAGGGGAUCUUCGCCCGUUGCAGGGUGACAUCAGUUCAGAACAAAUUGGUCAUGCCGAAUUAAUUAUUCAACAAGCUGUUGCGCAAGCUACCGCGCUUAAUGCUGCGCGUGAAACCGAUAUAGGCAAUGCUUCCAUGUUAUGUGUUGGUGAAAAAAUUUUACAUGACGAUGAUAACUUUUGUGAAGACAUGGAAGAACGAGCCGUCAUAUCAGAUGAAUUGUUCCUAGGAAGCAUUCGAGGAUUAAAUAUCCAACAGAAGGAAUUAUUUCAGAAAGUUUCAACGGCAAUCGAAAACGAUUUGCAUGGACAAGAAAGCCAGCUGUUACUUUUUAUCACGGGCGGUGCAGGCAGUGGUAAAUCAUUUCUGCUGAAAUUAAUCGUGGAGCACAUUAAGCGUUGUUACGCACCAACAGUAGAUAUACUGCUGAAGCCUAAAUUUGUGGAAGUUGGGUCGUUAACCGGGGUUGCCGCUCGUCAAAUUUUUGGCAAAACGCUACAUAGUAUUUUCUUGCUUCCGAUUGAAAAAAAAAAUUCUAUGACAUACAAAAAAAAUUACAGGUCAAAGACUCGAGACUGA